UUAUUUUCUUCUAGUAGAAAAUAUUAAAAGUGGAUAGAAAUAAUGAGAUAAAAAAAAAAUUUUGUUUUUUAAAAUCUCCCACUCUGAUGUAUUUAAUGUAUUAUAUAUAAAUGAGAAUUAGAUAUUAAAGUCAUAUUGACAUAUUGCAUUAACAAGUAGCGAUUCCUAGCGGUAACAAUCAAAAUCAAAGCAUCAAUAUAACAUUUAGCCCUAUCAACUUUCCUGAACUUAACCUGGUUAAUGUUCUGAAACUGUGUAAACCCGUUAUGGCCAUAUGAUAAAAGAAGAAAAAGAGAUAAAUAUAAAAUAACAAGAAGUAAAGACUACUUAUUAAGAGGAUACAAGAAAGAAAAAUCUUCCGAUGUGAUUAACAAUUGGAAUAAAUAUUAAUAUUGAAAUGAAUCAGAGAUCAAGGUACGCAUUUCUGUUAAUACAUAAUGUAAUGUUUAAGUAACUGUUGUGAUGUGGAACUAAAUACAUACGUGAUAAUAAGCGAUUAUAAAGAUUCUUAAAAGUAUACUGUAUAAAUAGACUGUUGUGUCUAUGGAAGUAUAUUCUGAUGUAUGUUUGCGAUCAUGGAAGUAAAAUUAACAGAUAGGUUAUAUAGGAUUCAAUCUGUAGAUCGUGCUAGAAAGAUACCAAGUUUGAAUUAUUUAUUUGACAAAUCUACGAAAGUUUAUGAUCGUAUGAAGGGAGCAAAUACGUUUGUUAAUUGGGCAUUCGAUAUGGUAGAAAAUGUUGUAAACAUUGUUAUUGAGAAAUCAACGCCAGUUGCUAGAUUAAUGGAAAAACCUAUUUAUACUUUGGAUAAGACACUGUGCCAGGGUUUCGAUUUUAUGGAAGUGAAACUGCCUAUAAUCAAAGAAGAACCUAAAGAGAUAUUAGAUAGGACAAAAUCAUUUGUUACAAAUCAUCUACGUCCAGCCGUAAAAACUUUUUCUAAUCUUAAACAUGAAACAAAGCAAAAAGUCAGAAUUAUGAUUUUACUUACCUAUUAUAAGGUACAUUACUUACGUUUAUAUAGUUGGCAACAAGCAGAUAGAGUCAUGUCCACUCAAACAGGAAUCAGUAUUCUAAAAACUGUGGAUAAUACAACACAUCUUGUAGAAUUAAUAUUAGAUAAGUACUUACCAGCGUCACAUGAAGAAAUAGAAGAGGACACAGAGGAAUUAUGCAGUGAACACGCUAAAUUACAUCAUACAGUAGAAAGACUUACUGAGUUCGGUAGUCGUGCUUCUCGUCGUAUUUAUCUUGCUUUAGUGGAACAUUCGCAACAUAUGUAUAAAAUUGAAAUACUUAUAUUAAUAUUGUAUGCUCUUAUUGUAAUUCAAACUAUGAAAGUGUUGGAAAUACUAUUUACUUUCGUAUUCAAAUUGUUUAGUAGUUAUGCAUACUUCUUUUUUUUAGGAUUUUUGCACAUAUUACAAUGGACAUAUUCGUAAUUUCAACAAAAUCACUUAUAAUAUAAAGCUGUGUAUUUUGUAAAGGUAUUUUUUCAUAGUUGAUACAAAUUUAAUUGUGCUGAAAGAGUAAAAUUAAUUAUAAUUACGCGAAUUACUAUUUAUGUAUUUUUUUAAUGUUUUUUUCUUUUUUUUUUUUUCUUUUUUCUUUUUUUUUUUUAUUUUAUUAUUAAUACUGUUAUAUUUUUAUAUUAGUACUUAUUAUUUGUACGUUUAUCCAAACAAAUGAAAAAGUGUUUAUCACAAUUUUUUUUAUUUAUUUAUUUCUUUAUGUACCACCGUAGAAAACAAUAGCUCUUGCAAUUUAAUUGCUUUUUUUAUCAAAAACAAGAAAUAUCUAUUGUUAAGGAGUUUAGCAAAUUUCAUUAAAAAUUACCCAUUUUUAUCUGGAUCAUUAACACCCAAGAAAUACAUAUAUUAGAGAAAUUAUUAAUUAAAGAUGAUACAUUUGAUUUAUAUUUUAGCAAUGUAUUUGAAUCCAAUUUACAUACGAAUAUAAAGAAAUUUAGUUAGAUACUAUAUUAUAUAUAAACUAAAAUUGAAAGAAAUUUAUUGAAAUGAUACUUUAAUAUUGUUAUCAAUUCUAUCUAUUAUAUACUAAUUAAUAUGUACAAAUUAAUUAUGUAUGACAAUAUCUUAACGUUUCUUUUAUUAUUUCAUGAAAAAUUGAGGAAACAGUUUGUUUUACUGAUUUUGUUCAAGUGCUUCAAGUUUUUGUGCGUUAUAUUAAUAAAUUGUUCAUAAUACAUUUGCACUUAUAAUUUCAUUUGAAUGUGUUCAAUAAUAUAGAAAUUGUUUAAUUUUCUUUUUUUUUUGUUUUUUUAUUUAUUUAUUUAUUUUGCAUAUUAUUAACACAAUCAGCUAUUUAUUUCUUACUUUCUAUGAUUCGGAGAUGCGAUAUUUAAUUUAUAUGGGUACAAUGUUGAAAUAAUACAAUGGUAUAAAUGGCAAUUUAAAAUUGUCGCCUUGCUGCAUUAUGAGGUAAAUCACGAAUUUGACUCGUAGAUGAACACUUUGGCCCAGAUUAUGCACUGCAAGUCUAACUUAUUACCUCGGCUGAAUGACUUAAUAACAUACAUACAUAUAAGAGAUCUUUCCUUCUUUAGAACAUUACCAUUUAUGUAAAUAAAAUAUAAAAUUAAA